CCCAGACAGAGACAGAGACAGAGACUGGAGCCGGGGGGACAGAUCGCGCUGAGGGAGGCAGUGCCAGAGAGUUACAGCCCCGUUACCGGCAGGAUCACAGCUUCAGCCCUCCCUAUCUCCCUCCUCCCUCCCUCCCUAUCUCCCUCCUCCCUAUCUCUCUCUCUCCUUCCCUCACUAUCUCUAUCUCCCUCCCUCCCUCCCUCACACGCCCUCACUCACCCUCUCACUCCCUCCCUCACUAUCUGUCCCUCCCUCACUCACGCCCUCACUAUCUCCCUGACUCACACUCACCCCUCCCUCAGUCCCUCAUACUCACCCCUCACACUUCCCCCUCCCUCCCUCACUAUCCCCCCACACUCCCCCUCUCCUUCAUACUCCCCCCUCCCUCUCACUCACCCUCUCUCUCCCUCAUAGUCCCGCUCUCCCUCAGUCCCACCACCCUCCCAUACCCUCCCUUCCUGGCUGCCCAGAGGGGGCUGACUCAGUACCAGGGAGGAGCAGUAGCUCUGUACCAGCCUGGCCAGGACCAGCAGUGACAGCCCUGGGAGAAGGGGCAGAGAUGACUGUGCCAGUGGGCAGUUUGUUGCUGUGCGUAGUACUGACCCUCUUUGUUUGCCAGGUGCGUACGGAGGCAGAGGGAUACCCAGCUCUCACAGGUUUCCAGGUGCUAGAAUCGGCGUCUCAUUAUUGGCCUCUGGACACAGUGGCGGGACUAAACGAGCUGUGCAACGUGAAUGGAAGUCAAACAGUGCUCCGAAUCCACAACUUCACUGUGCUUCCCUCCUAUAACUCUUCCUCUGUCUACACCAUUGACUCUGCCUUCUCUAAUCUCUCCACAAUUGUAGAUAUUGUUGAGGGAGUGGUCAAGAAAGGCAUUUAUCUCAACGGAAAUACAGAUGGUACAUUCCUACACUUUGGCAGUUACAAAAACUCCUGCAUAAGUGAUCCAGCACAAUGCAGUGAUGCAGGUGUGACAUUCUCCUUCUUCUGGAAGAACUUGGAGAAAUGGUCUGGGUCCACCAUCACCUCAGCGGGCAAGGUGCUGUCCAGUGGAUUCUCUAUCUAUGCCAGCGUUGACGGAGGCUACAUAGAAUUUUACACACGCAAUACCUUACGCAGGUGGAAAGCAAUGAUCAACCCACCAGGUCCUGAAUGGACACACAUUCUGUUCACGUGGACCUCUGGAGGUGGCCUAAAGAUUUAUGUUAAUGGGACAUUCAGCACCAACGAUACCUAUGGGAAGGUGGCUGUGGGUAAUGAAAACCAGUACGCUAACCUGGCUGGCAGAAAGAGCGAUCAACCGUACCGUCGCUAUGUGACAGGGUCAUUCGAUGAGUUUGUUAUUUGGGAACGGGCACUCACACCCUAUGAGAUUCAACUAUACUACAAUGCCACAACAGGUCCCCAUGGAUGCCAGACUGAAACUGCCUCCAUCUCAGGCCAGGGGCAGUCAGAUUCUCGUCCUGUCACAACAGAUGUCCCGCUGUCUACAGUCACAUAUUCCCCGAGGAUGGGCACUCCUGCAGCGGGAACAGAAAGUCGUCAGUCUCCAGUUACUCCUGAUGGCUUCCUGGAUUCCUCCUUAGUCCUUCCCAAUGAAACAUUGCCACAUUACACUGCCUCCAACCUUACUGAGAACUUUCUGCAGACUGUUGGUGAAGUCCUGGCGUUACCCAGUUGGAGUGGAACAGCAGAGUCGGUGGCUCUGGUCAGUGGUUUGAUUGGCACCGUUGACAAAGUCAUGACCCGAGUGGCCAGCAGCCUGGAGGGAAACCCCAGCUCAGCCGUCAGCAUCGAGGGAAGCUCUGAGGUGGCAGAUUACUCGUUAGCCAAAGUUCCAGAUGCCUCCAGUCUGACUAGUUACCGGUUCCCAGCUCGAGGAAUGAGCUACAUCCUGGUCCCAGGGGAGGCUUUCCACAGGAAAACUCAGACCACCAUCGUAGGCCUACUGUACCAUACCAUGCACCAAUACUACAAGCAGAUAGACCCUCUGCAAACCAAAAUCAGUGAAUCUGCAUUUCACAAAGACCACAAGAUCACCGUGAUGAGCUACAUCAUCUCCCUGAAAAUGGAGCCCCCUCCAUCACUGUCCCACAACCUAUCAGGAUUCCCUCUCUCCACCUUAACCCUAAGCCAUGUGCUGACACCAUCACAGUACCAAUUUGUCCUGAACAAAACUAGCCAGGUGUACCUGUGGUGUGCCUUUCUUGAUUUCAGCUCGGGCUCAGCUGUCUGGUCCAACGAAGGCUGCAUUCGGAUCGGUGGAAACAUCUCCUACUCCAUCUGUCUCUGCAACCACCUCACCAACUUUGCCAUCCUCAUGCAAGUGGUGCCCUUAGAGCUGGAGCAGGUACACCAGGUGGCGCUCUCUGCUAUAACAUACAUUGGCUGUUCUCUGUCCAUUGUUUGCCUGAUGGUCACUCUCAUCAUAUUUGCUGUUCUCUCGUCAGUGAGCGCGAUCCGUAACCAGCGUUAUCAUAUCCACGCCAACCUCUCGUUUGCUAUUCUUGUGGCUCAGGUUCUUCUUCUGAUCAGCUUCCGCUUCGUACCAGGCACGCUCCCGUGCAAGGCCCUUGCAAUCCUCCUCCAUUUCUUCUUCCUCAGUGUCUUCUCCUGGAUGUUGGUUGAAGGUCUCCACCUCUACAGCAUGGUCAUCAAAGUAUUCGGUUCCGAGGAGAGUAAACACUUCUACUAUUAUGGGAUAGGCUGGGGCUCACCCCUGGUGAUUUGCAUUGUCUCUGUCACCUCAGCAUUUGGCAGCUACGGAAAUGCAGACAAUUGUUGGCUGUCGAUCGAAAGGGGAGCAAUCUGGGCGUUUGUGGCCCCAGCGUUGUUUGUCAUUGUGGUAAACGUUGGCAUUCUCAUCGCAGUGACCAGGAUCAUUUCAAGAAUCAGUGCAGACAAUUACAAGAUACACAGAGAUGCGAAUGCAUUCAGGUUGACAGCCAAAGCAGUAGCAGUGUUGCUCCCAAUCUUGGGGAUAUCUUGGGCAUGUGGAGUACUGACUGUCAAUAACUACGCCAUCGUCUUCCAAUACAUCUUCGCAUUAUUCAACUCUUUCCAGGGGUUUUUCAUCUUUCUCUUUCAUUGUCUCCUGAAUUCAGAGGUCAGAGCUGCCCUCAAACACAAGACAAAGGUCUGGUCCCUCAAUAGCAGUUCCAUGCGUAAUGUCAAUGUGAAACCUUUCAAUUCAGACAUCAUGAAUGGAAAUCGAGCGAUCACCACCCCCACAAAACUGAACACCUGGGAGAAGAGUACGGAGUUUGCGAAUCGAAUGGACCUGUCGGCAGUGUGACCACUGCACUCCUGCCUCGACCAACCAACAACAGACCCAGUCUCCAGUCUCAUCACUGCUCCUCUCCGAAUACUGAACCACACUCACCCAUCCAUGCUCCAGCCACAAAGGAACGAACUGUUGACUCAACUCACUGCUAUAAAACUCAAAGGGAAGGAACUGCAAAUGUGAGAUAUUUAUUAUACUGGACACAGGGGGAGGGGGUGGUGGGGAUGUAGGUUAGUGUUUCUCGGGAAGGUAAAACUCAUUCAGGAAAGUAAGAUGAAUUUAGCAGUUGUCCUGAAAGCCCUUUCCCUGAUGGGGAGGGGUGCCAUCUGUACCCACCUGAUACUUAAUGUGACUAUGUAUGGUUUUACUCCUUUUGUGUAGGGGAUCAUUUUGUGAAUUCUGAAGUAAUUAUGACAAGCGCAUAUAAAUGUGUACUGCGAUUUUAAACUAACUACUUUGAGUGUAAAAUGAUAAUGUCCCUCCUUUAAAGCAUGCAUAGUGGAUGUAGGAGGAAUUACAAAAAUCUAAUGUGUUUUUGGCAAGAAUUUUAUGUAUCGUUUUAGUGUGACACAGGUCUAAGACUGAAGUACGUUUCCUUCUGUAUAUUUUUCCGAUACCUGUAGGUUUUGUUUCUGUGUUAAGAGGCAAAGCUUUCUCCCCAGCAGGUUUCCAUUUUCCAAACUCAAUCUUACUCUUUAGUCUGUCCCUUCAGGUUAAAAUCCACUUGGACUCAUCAUUCCCGGAGGUUGUUUUAGAACCAGUUGAGAAAUCUGAUGCUUUGAUGCUGGUUUGGUAAGUUUAAUGAGACUGGAACUGAGCCAUGUGUCCUAGGCAGCAAGGCCCAGCAGCAAAGCCAAGCUGAGGUUGUAUAUCCCAUCAGCUUGAGGAGACAGUGCAGGUUUUGGGGGGGGCGGGGUGGGGGGGGGGGCUGUGGAGUAGUGUUGGUGUUAACAGGCCCUCAAUGUCAAUAUCAGCCAGCAGUUCCUGACCCAGCCAUCAUCCUGUAGUGAAGGACCAUCCCAGGAGCCAAGAAUGAGGAGAAUGGACCAAUCUUCUCUGGUGUUUUUGGAAAAUGAGAAGUGACCUGAUUGAAGCAAACAGGAUGCUUCCAACACUUGACAUGGUGUUUACCGUGAGGUUAGUUCCCCUGGUCAAGAGCUGAAUGGCAGAGGGAUGCAAUUUGGGGAGCAGGAGGACAGACAUAGCCCCAAAAAUAAUCAUCAGCCAUUUAGGACUGAGAUGUUGAGAAACUCCUUCACACUUUGGGUGUGAAUCUUCAUAAUACAUCACCCCAAAGGACGGGGAUGGUCAGUUAGUUAGUAACAGAGGAUGGUUAGUAAAUGAGUCAAGUCUGAGCUCGGAUUCGAGGAUAAUGGGGCUAGAACGGGGAACUGGAGUUGAUGUCAAUCAUCGAUGAUUUUUUUGAAUUGAGGCACAAGCCCCAUGACCUGUAUCUUACACAUGUUAGCAUCACCCUAGGGUUGGAAGUAGAGGGGAGGCAAUGGAAGCUGCAGGGGGACAGUAGGUUGUUGAAUGCAAGGGGUUCAAAUCUCUGUCCUUCCCCCAAACCCAGACUCACCCACAUACUCUGAGGAUCAUGGGACAAGUGACAGGGUAGAGUAGCAAAGAACUGAAGAGAGUGGUCAUUCCUCUUUAAAUGUAUUUCUUCUGUUUUUGUUCAAAGUCAGUGCCUUCAGUGCAUGAUGAUGUUGCAUCCCUGUUAGAAUGUGUUAACCUUCUCUGAUGGAUAGGGAUGUAAUAAUUUAACUGUAACUGUAGAAAUCUAACUGUUUUGUCAUGACAAAAGCUUUUGAGUUGGAGUGUGCUUUGUGAAGAUAUCAUACCGGAUCUG